CACACAGUAGUCACAUUUCACAGCACCCUACUCAGAGUAAAUAGAGUGGUUGGCUCUCCCACACACACAGUCCCCCAUUUCUCCACUCUUUUUGCUCUCUCUCUCUACUCACUGCUGCGAAGCGCCUCCACUCGCAGAGUUAGUGAUAAACUAGCUUAUUGGUUUAUAAAUUCACGAAACAGAAAUGGAUCCCGCUGGUAAUGGGGCUGGAGAUGAAUUGCCUCUGCCUCCCCCGAUUCCUCCAAAUGUUAUUCCGAUCAAAGCAGCAGAAUCUGAUAAAAAAAAGGUUGUCCGUACUCCAAUGGCUAGACGAGGCCUGGGAACGCGGGGAACCAAGGUUACCAUUCUGACCAAUCAUUUCAAAGUGAAUGUGAGCAACGUGGACGGGCAUUUCUUCCAUUACAGUGUUGCCCUUUUCUACGAGGAUGGUCGGCCCGUGGACACCAAAGGCGUUGGCAGAAAAGUGAUGGAGCGGGUGCACAAGACGUAUGAUACUGAACUGGCUGGGAAAGACUUUGCUUACGAUGGGGAGAAGAGUUUGUUCACGGUCGGCGCACUUCCACGCAACAAGCUCGAGUUUACCGUUGUGCUUGAAGAUGUCACCACAGUGAGCAGGAACAAUGGAAACACUAGCCCUGGAGGCCACGACGAUAAGAAGAGGCUAAAGCGGUCUAAUCAGUCCAAGACUUUCAAAGUGGAGAUAAGUUUUGCCGCCAAAAUCCCAAUGCAGGCCAUAGCAAACGCAUUGCGCGGCCAAGACUCUGAAAACUCGCAAGAAGCUUUACGUGUUUUGGACAUCAUAUUAAGGCAGCAUGCGGCCAAGCAGGGCUGCUUGCUGGUGCGUCAAUCCUACUUCCAUAAUGAUCCGAACAACUUUGCUGAUGUCGGGGGCGGGAUUCAAGGCUGCCGGGGAUUUCAUUCCAGCUUUAGGACCACACAAAGUGGUUUAUCUUUGAACAUUGAUGUCUCCACAACCAUGACUAUCAAGCCUGGUCCCCUCAUCGAUUUUCUGAUCGAGAAUCAAAAAGUGAGAGACCCCUUUUCCGUGGACUGGGUAAAGGCAAAACGGACUAUGAAGAACUUGCGUGUGACGGCUAUCCCCACUAACCAAGAAUUCCGGAUAACGGGUUUAAGUGAGAAGCCUUGCUGCGAACAAACGUUUGAAUUAAAGCAGAAAGGUAAGGAUGGUGAAUUUCAAACUACUGAAGUGACUGUCUAUGACUACUUUGUAAAGCACCGAAAUAUUGAGCUGAGAUAUUCGGCUGACCUCCCUUGCAUAAAUGUGGGAAGGCCAAAGCGUCCGACUUACUUCCCUGUUGAGCUAUGCUCGCUUGUUUCGUUGCAACGGUACACAAAAGCUUUAACCACACUUCAAAGAGCUGCCCUUGUGGAGAAAUCACGACAAAAACCCCAAGAAAGGAUGUCGGUUUUGAACAAUGCUUUGAAAAUCAAUGACUAUGCUUCGGUGCCAAUGCUCCGUUCUUGUGGGAUUUCUAUCAGUAAUUCAUUCACUCAGGUUGAUGGCCGUGUCCUGCCACCGCCUAAACUGAAAGUUGCCAACGGCGAUGAUCUGUUUGUUCGCAAUGGACGAUGGAAUUUCAAUAACAAGAAAUUUGUUUAUGCAAGCAAGAUUGAACGUUGGGCCGUGGUGAACUUCUCGGCUCGUUGUGAUGUGCAUGGCCUUGUCAAAGAUUUGAUGAGACUCGGUAGAGACAAAGGAAUUACUGUGGAAGAUCCAUUCGAUGUUUUUGAAGAAAACCAGCAGUACCGACGAGCUCCUCCCAUGGUUAGGGUGGAGAAAAUGUUUGAAUAUGUGCAAUCAAAGCUUCCCGGCCCACCCAAGUUCCUACUAUGUUUGCUUCCUGAGCGGAAAAAUUGUGACAUUUAUGGCCCAUGGAAGCGUAAAAACCUGUCGGAUUUCGGAGUUGUUACUCAAUGCUUGGCACCGGGGAGAGUUAAUGAUCAGUAUCUGACAAAUCUGCUACUGAAGAUAAAUGCAAAGCUGGGUGGGUUGAACUCGGUGCUAGCUGCUGAGAUAUCACCUUCGAUUCCAAUGGUCUCUAAGGUGCCCACACUGAUUCUUGGAAUGGAUGUAUCGCAUGGCUCACCUGGACAGUCCGAUAUCCCCUCCAUUGCUGCGGUUGUUAGCUCGAGGCAGUGGCCUUCAAUUUCUCGGUAUCGAGCAUGUGUCCGCACCCAAUCACCAAAGGUGGAAAUGAUAGAUUCCCUCUACAAUCGUGUGUCGGACUCUGAGGAUGCUGGCAUUAUGAGGGAGACUUUGUUAGAUUUCUAUGUUAGUUCGGGGAAGAGAAAGCCAGACCAAAUAAUUAUAUUCAGAGACGGUGUGAGCGAGUCACAGUUCAAUCAAGUACUGAACAUCGAAGUGAGCCAAAUAAUAGAGGCUUGCAAGUUCCUCGAUGAGAAAUGGUCUCCCAAGUUUGUGGUGAUUAUUGCGCAGAAAAAUCACCACACGAAAUUCUUCCAGCAAAAUUCUCCCGACAAUGUGCAGCCAGGGACUGUCAUCGAUAAUAAAGUCUGUCACCCGAGAAAUUACGACUUUUAUUUGUGCGCACAUGCCGGGAUGAUUGGAACAACGAGGCCGACUCAUUACCAUGUGCUAUUAGAUGAUGUGGGCUUUUCGGCGGAUGAUAUGCAGGAACUCGUGCACUCUCUGUCUUACGUGUAUCAGCGCAGCACGACAGCCAUAUCCAUUGUGGCGCCCAUUUGCUACGCCCACUUGGCGGCAACACAAUUAGGACAGUGGAUGAAGCUGGAAGACGCAUCAGAAACGUCUUCAAGCCAGAAUGGUGGUGGAUCUGGAUCAGGCAACGCCCACGCCCCUCCAGUGCCUCCAAUGCCCAAGCUGCAGGAGAGCGUCCGCGACUCCAUGUUUUUCUGCUGAGGGAGGUUGCCUGUCUGUCUUGUCUUGUCUUGUCUUGACCCCUCCCUCCCAGGAGGAGGAUGUAGGUAGGUAAUAUCUCACUAGGUUGUCUGUGUCUGUCUGUCUGUCUGUUUGUUUGUUUGUGUGUGUUAAAAACUCGAAACUAGGACUAUAUAUAUAUAUAUAUAUGUUUGUAUGUAUGUAUGUCUGCGUGUUUAUUACAUUUGUGUUGGAUCCAACGGCCUAGCCUAGCCUGGCCUGGGAGCGACUACUACUAGUUGCUGCUGUUAUGACUUACGAAUGGGAGACUCCACUCUUGGUUGGAUCAGUGUAGUGUUGUAUUAUGUCGUAAUACUAUAUGUCUUAAAAUUAUUCGUAUUAUUGUUGUAAAUUUAUUCUCU